AUUACCAUGCGAUACAGUGCAUUAGCUGGCUCUCUCGCAGCCCUCGCAGGUCUGUUAGGCAAACUGGGUGCUGACGGAGACUCCAGCGCUCUUCAGUUGCUUGAUGCGCAAUGUCAAUCUUCAGCUCUGUCCGCUUCCUGCUCUCUCCUCUCCUCUGCCGUCCGCGUGCUGUGUCUAGCACUCAUGUUGGGCGCCAACGGGCUCAUGCUCAGCUGCUUCGUCAAGGGGUUGCACGAGACGGACUCUCUAACGGCCACCGUAACCAGCGCAGCCGUCAACUUCAUGCUCUCAGCUGCUGGCGGCUUCGUCUUCUUCCAGGAGCAUCUACCGACGCGCUGGUUUGUAGGAGCUUCCGUGAUCCUCAUAGGGAUGGCUUUCUUACUCCAUGGAGACGCAGCACAAGAAACAACAGAACACAAGAAGAAGGACUAGUCAACUAUACAUGCCAAUGAUUGAGCACCACCAGCUCCAGCCACGGAUGUGACGGGUAUCCAGCAUCACUGAACCAGUCAGUGAACUCAUGAAGAGCUACUGCCUUCCCAAGAUCAAGAUCAGGGGCAUCAACUUCGACGAAGGACUGCAAUACGGCGUCAGCUCCAAGUUCCGCCGAAUAGCGAGCCACUUCGGCACUUAGGGAGCUACUCAUGCCGUAAAACGCCAUCAAGAAACACAUGAGACUGGACUUGAUCGUCUCAAGCUUCACCAUCGGGCCGUCCGUCUCUUCUUCGCCUUCUCCUUCGCCCUUCAUCGCGCUCUCGCCAUCGUCAUCGGAGAUCAACGCAGU